AUGCUUAACAGUGCGUGCAAGUAUCUAAAUAUUGAAGUACAAAAAGGUUGUAUUGACGUAUCUAAGGUAGAAAAAUUAGCAAAAGUCGUCUUUUUUGAUUGCUUGCCUGUUUGCGAAGGUAACUUGUGGAUAUUUUCUGCUAAACAUAAGGAUUGUACAGAUACAUCGCAAAAAAAGAGACUGGAGCUUCCUAAUUGCAUCGAAGAUAUCGUACUUGAACAUGUCAGUGUCCCUAAAGACACUUUACUGGUAGUCAAUGAGGGUUGUCGAAAUGCUGCUAUAAUUUUUUCCAAAGGAUAUUUUGAUUUAUCUAAUGUUAAGCAGUUAAGAAAGUUUAAAUUGCUUAUCACUGAGCAAAGUUCAAUAAGUAUCGAAUUUCCAGGCUUAAAAAAUGUUGUAAGUCUUGAAAUAUCAUACGAUGGAAACGAAAGGUAUUUUAUGUUUUUGCUAUUGAACUGUAUCAAUGUUAAGGAAGUAAUUUUGUAUAACACUGUGUGCGAGCUGCAUGAUUGGAUAGGAAGAGAUACAUCAACCAUUCCUGAAAAAGAAAUGGCACCAUGGGAACUGAACGAGUUGAGGGCAAUGAUCAACCAAGAAAGUUGUACUUCUCGGUGUCGAUCUCCACAUGUAUGUUUUAAAGACUUUAACGCCAGAUGUAAUCCAAUUUUCUGUUGGGAGAAGCGUAAAAACAUACAGAAUCUAAGCAUAAUAGCCUUUCAGAUUAGUGAAGAAUGUUUAAAACAGCUAAGAAAGUUUAUAUCGCUAAAAACACUUUCUAUUAUGGCACAAAACGUACGAGCAAAUAUAAUUUAUUGUUUGCCAUUCAACCUCGUAAAUUUCUCUUUGAUGCCGAUUCAAUGCAAUGCAAUCCUUGAACGCGAUGUCGUUGAAAGUGUACAAACAGUUUUUGGGGUAGUUAGUUCAAAACGUAGGCAUCUAAAGAAUUUAAAAUUACACUAUCUUUUUUUCAUAAAAAUAGCGUGGUCUAUGUCUUUGCCAGAGGAAGUUGACGUGUUAGAAAUUUUACCUUGGCAGAAAAUCAUGAAUUUGAAUAUACUAGUUCAUAAAAAGAUAAAAGUAAGAAAAUUGGUCAUUUUGAAAAUGAACCAUGCAACAUGGGCGACAAUUUAUAAAAUUUACGAGCCAGAAUACUAUUUCAGCCAAUUACUGUGUUCACUUUCACAAUAUAUCGAUUUCUGUUCUGUGAAAGAAAUUAAAAUUUUGGAUCAAAAAGUAGAAAAUUCUUUUGAUCCCUGUGGUUAUGAUUGA